AUGGCCAAGGUUCAGGUGAACAAUGUAGUGGUGCUGGACAACCCGUCUCCCUUCUACAACCCCUUCCAGUUUGAGAUCACCUUUGAAUGCAUAGAGGACCUGUCUGAAGACUUGGAAUGGAAAAUAAUUUAUGUGGGUUCUGCUGAAAGUGAAGAAUACGAUCAGGUGCUAGACUCUGUGUUGGUAGGACCCGUACCUGCAGGACGGCACAUGUUUGUAUUUCAGGCAGACGCUCCCAACCCUGGACUUAUUCCUGAUGCAGAUGCUGUUGGUGUCACAGUAGUUUUAAUUACAUGUACAUACAGAAGUCAAGAGUUUAUCAGAGUGGGUUAUUAUGUUAAUAAUGAAUACACUGAAACAGAACUGCGGGAAAACCCACCAGUGAAACCAGAUUUCUCAAAGCUGCAAAGAAACAUACUGGCAUCAAACCCUAGAGUAACAAGAUUCCAUAUAAACUGGGAAGAUAACACAGAGAAGUUAGAUGAACUAGACAACAGCAACCCCAAUCUUCAGUCAAUGCUUUCCACAGAGGGAAUGCCAUCUGCUUCAAAAGGCUGGCCUGCCUCAGAAAACUCACUCAAUGUCAUGCUAAAAUCUCAUAUGGACUGUAUGUGA